UCAUUUUUUCCCCAUCUUGGAUCCAAAUCUUAAUUCCUUGCUCCUAUUUUGGGUGCCGAUCAAUUUCCAAUGUUGUGUAACCUUAGACAAAUGUCGUUCUUGGAUUUUUUUGUUUGAUCUGUGGUCUCAAUUUGGUGAUUGUGUCGCCGGAUUCGUCCCGGAUUGGGAACAUCUUUUCCGUGUAAGAGAGGGGGCUAUUUGCGUAGUGGCGGCCAUGAUUUGUCCUAUAGUAUGGCUCGGCCUCGUAACCUUAGAGGGGUGAUUUCGUCAUUUAGCGGCAAUUCCUGCCAUUGUGCUACGUUAGGGUUUCUGAAACUUAACGUGACUAAGCAUUCCCGUACUGACGGCGUCGAAGAGGAGGAGAUCGAAGUCCGGGUCAGCCGCCAUUGCCGGGAUCCACCGCUUAGGCGCCCUCGCAGCACGAUCCCUCGCCCGACGGGUGUUCGCGCCGCCGCCUAUGCACCGCCGGUCCUUCGGCGCCACGGCGCUGGCGGAGGUGGAGUACUGGACGGAGUGGGAGGAGCGUCGCCGCGGCUGCAGUGGCCACAGAUGCUUGUGAUUGCGAAUGUUGUGAACGAAGGGAGGUUGGUGCCAGAGGAAAUCAUAUUUGGGUUGUUGUCGAAAAGGCUCGAGGAAGGAUAUCAGAGAGGUGAAAUUGGAUUCAUUCUUGAUGGAAUCCCACGUACGAGGAUCCAAGCUGAGAUCCUUGAUCAAAUAGCAAAUAUAGAUUUGGUAGUGAACUUACAAUGCCGAGAUGACUGCUUGGUGAAGAAACACUUUGGUGCUGAUAUUUGUUCACACUGUGGGAAGACAUUUGAUUCUAGCAAUUCAGAGUCAACAAGCCUUAAUCUCUGUUUGGCUACACGAACACGACAUGCACAACUAAAAUCAUCUGCUGCAGUGGAUAUGAAGGAUUCCUGCAUGGAGAAAUUCCGUGUCUAUUCUGAGCAGAUCAAGCAGUUGGAGGAAUACUAUAUGAAGCAGAAGAAGCUUUUGGAUGUCCAAGUGACCGGUGGCCCAGGUGAAACCUGGCAGGGGCUUUUAGCGGCGCUACAUCUCCAGCACAUGGACACUGCUACUUCACAGAAGCUCACAGUGUAGGUUUUUUUUGGCCAUUCUGGAAUUCAUUGGUACAAACGAAAAGAUCUGAGCGAUUCCCUCUGCCAGCCCAAACAAACUCUCUAGUUUUCCUUAUUACCUACCAUAUACCUAAUCAGUUUUGUAGAUGCAUGUUUGUAAUGUGAGACCUCUUAAGAGGAAUAUGUAGUCUCCCUUUCGAGCAGUUGCUGCUGCUUAUGUUUUGUUGAUGGAUGCGGAAUCAUCCAAAUCGGUGUUAUACUGCGGCUGUGACCAGAUUAUUUGAGAGCUAAUAAGCUGUUCCUUUCUGUCC